UUCAAAAUAAAAAUAAAAAUAGAGUAUUCACAAAAUGAAGAUGAAAAAGAUAGAAUAGAAUGAUGCCAGCCGGCCCAAUCCAAACAAAAUGCAAGUCCAGUUGUGGUGGCAGAGUCAUACCUCUUCUUCACUGCCCCUAUCUUCAAUUUUGUACCGUGAGGAAGCCAUAGCAGCUGGUGCUACGUGGCACAUCCACAACAACACUGCAUUAUCGGCCGCCGCCCUGAGCCUCAGGUUUAACCGAAACCCUAACCUAACCUCUGGAAGAUUUCGUCUCGUUACUUUCACGUCAAACGCUACCUUUGACGAUGGCGACACUCGGAAUGAUAAUGUCAAUGAUACGGGAGACCGAGGCGACGACGAUGAUGAUGACGAUGACGAUGAAGGCGUUGAGAUUGAGAUUGAAGUAAUUGGGAAACGUCGUCGGCGAAUUCGAUCCAAGAUAGCCGUGAACGCUAGCUUGCAGAACGUGUGGGAAGUCCUCACUGAUUAUGAAAGGUUAGCUGAUUUCAUCCCCGGUCUUGCCGUCAGCCAGUUGCUUCAGAAGGAACCUAAUUUCGCCCGACUUCUUCAGAUAGGGGAACAAGACUUAGCAUUUGGGCUCAAAUUUAAUGCUAAAGGUAUCGUUGAUUGUUAUGAGAAAGAUCUUGAAGAUCUCCCCAUUGGUCAGAGGCGUGAUAUUGAGUUUAAGAUGGUGGAAGGUGACUUCAAACUUUUUGAAGGGAAAUGGUCUAUCGAACAGUGCAACCCAGGUAGUGUUAAAGAGCAUGAUUCUUCUGCGGGCCAACCAUUUCAUACAACUCUCUUCUACAUUGUUGAUGUUGAACCUAAGCUUUGGUUGCCUGUGCGGGUUAUUGAAGGCAGACUCUGCAAGGAGAUAAAAACCAACCUGCGGUCUGUUAGGGAAGAAGCACAAAAAGUAUAUCUUACUUCAUUAUCAUCUUCUUAACUGUCAACUAAUUACUACACCAUUUAUUGCUGAAGCAAUGUAUAUAUUACCUCUACAUAAUACAAUUUUUACCAAAUCGACGUCUGUUUUGGUGCACUCA